UGAAGUUUCACUAUCUUUGGGUUUAAUUGCUAUAUUUCUUUUAAUUAGUUGACACUUGCAUUGAUAUUUUGUUUUCUAAUGCAAUGAUAUUAAGUGUGACUUAAGUGUGCAAAUGCUUUCUAAAGCCAUUGUAUAUUUGCACAGCUUAUUUGUCAUGCAUUUACAACCACAGUUAGAUUUUAAAACAGCUGGACCACAAAACCAAUCUUAAAUAGCAUGAGUAUAUUUGUAGCAAUAGCCAACAAUACAUUGCAUGGGUCAACAUUAUCGAUUUUUCUUUUAUGCACAAAAAUCAUUAGGAUAUUAAGGAAAGAUCAUGUUCCAUGAAGAUAUUUUGUAAAUUGCCUACUGUAAAUAUAUCAAAACUUAAUUUUUAAUUAGUGAUAUGCAUUGCUAAGAAUGUCAUUUGGACAAAUUUAAAGGUGAUUUUCUCAAUAUUUUGAUUUUUUUGCACCCUCAGAUUCCAGAUUUUCAAAUAGUUGUAUCUCGGCCAAUUAUUGUCCUAUCCUAACAAACCAUGCAUAAUGGAUUGCGUAUUUAUAAAUAUUAUUUUUUAUUUUUUUUAAUUGACCAUUAUGACUGGUUUUGUGGUCCAGGGUCACAAUUAUGAUUCUUUUUUUCAGUUAUAUCAAAUAAAACAUUAUGGAUGCAUUUAUGGCUGUAAAGCGAGUAUGUAUUAUGAAAAAGUUAAUGAACCUGAUCAUGUCUGUCAAACUAACACUCAUCUUUCGACUCAGGUGGGGAUCUAUGUGUUCCAGCUGAUGGAUCAUUAUACGGCUAUCGUGUCUAUCAUGUUCCUGGCGUUUUUUGAAGUGAUUGGUGUUUGUUGGCUUUAUGGUGUAAAGCGUUUGUCCAGUAAUCUAGAGGAGAUGACAGGAAAGAGACCCAACAUUUUCUUCAGGGUCUGCUGGUGGGUCAUUUGUCCUGUUUUGAUAACCGUUAUCCUGGUGUUCUCGGUGAUUCAGUUUAAGCCAGCGCGUUAUGAGAACUACGUUUACCCGCCGUGGGCUCAGGGUGUCGGAUGGCUCAUCGCUCUGGCGUCCAUCAUCUGGAUUCCUAUUGCAGCAGUGCACAAGUUCUGGGUUCUGCCCGGAUCCUUCACCGAGGUAAUUUACACUUUAUGCUUUGGAAGUGAAAUGUCAUGGGUUAUUGGCUGAAACUAUUAAUAUAGGGCUGGGCGAUAUGGCCAAAAAAUGAUCAUGAUCAUUUUUUUUUCAUAUCACUCUAUAUCGAUAAUUAUCAUGAUAAAUGUC